UUUCAAUUUAGGUACAAUGUUGGGACAAAACAUCUUCUUAACUUCUUACUUUUUGGAUAUUGUGAACUUACACCACCAGAUAUCGGGUAAGAAGGAAAAAAACUAGCUUUAUUAUUAUGUUUAUAAUAGGUCAAAGAUUAAAUCUUGAGUUCUCAUGUGCUAUUUAUUUCUGGUUUAUUCUGGUAGUGGAAGCCGAAUCACUGAAGAAGAUUUAGAAGGUACCCUUUCUUAAAAGUUAUAAAUACCCUCAAAUGUAACAAGCAAUAUCAAGUCCCAAUGUCUGGUCACCUUCCAGUGAAAUGGACUUAUGCAAAGACUAAUGAAAAUUUUAAUUAGUCAAAGGCUGAGGUCACACUUGAGAGUUUAGUGUAGUGUUAAAGCCUUAACUAUGGUUAAAAAAAAGGUAGACAAAGUUUACUAUGGUAAAUCAGACUUGUUUACUUUAACCUUUCUGCAGUGCUUUUCAUGAUUCAAUUGUGUCAUCAAACGUUAAGUUGGUGGCAGAUGAGAAUAAAUACAGAUAUUCCUUGUCGUGUGCAUGAUUGCUGAUUGGUUAAAGUCGUUUCGAAAUAUUUCACCAUUCCCUCGUGGAAUCUGAGUGGGUGAUUGUGACGAUUGUGGCUCUUUUCCUUUUGAUUUUUGCUAUUCUGAGAGCUCAGCAGUUUCGAUUUUUCUGAAUGGUUCAGCCGAGAUUGGAAAAUGAGCUGUUGCACUUGGCUCCACGCGUGGAUAAUUUGCAGACGGUGAAGCGUUCUCUAGACCUAAAAUGUAUGGUCCACCAUAGACCGGGCGAUCGUCUAGAUAAACGCUGGGGGGAAUAAUAAAACUACGAGAUGGUGGAGCUCUGAAAUGAAAAGAAAACAAAGAAAAGAAGGUUUGAAAUGUGCCAUCAACAAGUACAAGUCACUUGAUAAAGCCAAAACAUAACUUAGAGUAAAAAAAUCAUAGGUACUUAUAUGACUGUGUGUUUACCAUUCAGAAAUAUAUACCUCUUAUUAGCCGAGUUUUCGGUCUGUACUGUAAAUUACAGACCAAGUUUUUUUCCAUCGAUUUAUGGCCCAAGCGUGAAGCACACAGGCCAUAAAUCGAUGGAAAAAAAUGAGGAUCCGUAAUUGACAGUGAAAGACUAUAUUUCCAAUACUAAACUAAAAGAAGGCGAUCAUUAUUACAUCCAAACACGGCACAAGGAUCUUUUUUCCCAUUACAAUCUUAUCUAAGAAAACUUUAAGAAAAAAUGUCCUGAAAAGCGCUCAAAAAUACAAACGAAAUGUGUUCAUGCCCCCUGGGCAUCCUAUAAUACUCCUGAAAUCGAAUUAAUUCAAUAUGGCCACCGUAUCGGUAAAAAGGUCUAUUCCAACGGGCCAUAUUUGAUUCUUACUUAACCCAUUCGCCCCUGAACCGCCCGUAACCGCCCGUGUGGAUCCAGGUCCUUUCUACCCUUUGUGACGUCAUCAGUUUUAACGGUCAAGGACAACUUUCUUCGCACACGUGUGCAGAGUGAAGAGAUCUUUCAAACCAUACCAGAAUGAGCACAAUUCAGUCAAGGACACCAGAGAAAGAAGCAAAAAACCACGUGACAAGGACCUGAAAAUCUCCAUGAAAAUCUUGUUCCAUUACCCACCUACCUUUCCUUUCACCUAAUCCUAAGAUCCUAAAAGCUUUCCUAAAAACUCUUCCCACCAAAAUGAAGCGUACUAAAUGCCCAGCAAGAGAAAAAAAAAAUGAGGCAAGAAAAGCGAAAAAAGAAGGGAGGACAGAAAGCGAAAAGUAAAAGUCAAGACUGCUGUGUCACUUUUAAACCCUAAAACUAUGUCGAAAUUUUGCUUUCUGCGCAUGCCCGAACUUUGCAAGCUGAUAUUUUGCAUCUGGAUCAGAAGGCCGCCAAGUGUACGACCUGUAAACCGGUUUGUGGUAAGUUUUAGCUCUUUAUAGCACGACAGUGACCAGAAAACCACUCGACUAGCUUCAAAACGCGUUUUUCGGCAAAAUCUCCAGGAGCGAAUGGGUUAACAGGGAUUUAUUUCAGAAAAGCAAGAUCAGUUGUUGUUAUUAUGCGUUUUGUAUAAGUAUAAAAGUCCUAUUCCGAUAAAAUGAAAUAAUGAAAUUAACUACAAUACAGAUUUCUGUUCAUUCAUAAACUAUGUAUGCUGGCAUUGAUAAUGUGUUGCAUUGCACAUGUAUGCAACUAUUUAAUUAUAGGCAAUUCUGUAUGAAGUGCUCAUUGGUAUCUGUCUAAAACACCCCAGAAAACCUUGUGUGGCUCCUGUAGAUAAUUUUUUUUGAGGCCUAAGCCUGCCAUGUGUAGAGUUGGUAAAUGGCUUUCAUUAAGUUGGCUGUAUAAAAAUUAUAGAGCUUUGCAUUUGCAAAGUUACCUGUAUACAUUUUGUGAUGCUCAUGCUUUUUUCCUUUUAUAUUAUUGUAUAUUGCCAGAUGUUGUUGUAGUUGUCAAGGCAGAAAGUGUUCAUGUUUACUGCAACCCUCUUAACUAUCCUUAUUUGCU